UCUGUCAGUUUACUUUUGGAAGUGUUAGCGGAGAGUCGCGCCAACAGGACUAACAAUAAGUCCUCGCGUAAAUUACUCCUAAAGUAACCGCUAAACAGUGACCUUGUGUCCUCGCGUCUGUGAUUACGGCGACAUAAACCUAACUUUGUGCGAACUCACAUAACCUACAAAAUGUCGGAAAAUUCGCAGGACUUUUUAAAGGAUGCAGCCGCGGCGACAGCAGUCGUUGGCGGAUCACUAUUUAGCACAUUUGAUAUCAUAAUGUUAGUUUUCUUAUUGGGAGGUGCAGCCUGGUGGUUAUGGACCUCUAGAAAGGACAACAAGAAAGAUGAAAUACUUCUCAGCAAAUAUUCCAUACAGCCAGCUGGUACAAUUCAAAUUACGGAAAACUCUUUCAUAAAGAAACUACAAGCAUCAGGAAGAAGCUUAGUAGUUUUUUACGGAUCUCAAACAGGCACCGGUGAGGAGUUCGCAGGUCGCCUGGCUAAGGAGGGCAUCCGAUAUAAGAUGAAGGGAAUGGUCGCUGACCCCGAAGAAUGUGAUAUGGAAGAGUUAAAUAAACUCAAGGACAUACCUAAUUCUAUGGCUGUGUUUUGUAUGGCAACCUAUGGUGAAGGAGACCCAACAGACAAUGCUAUGGAGUUUUACGAGUGGCUGAAGAAUGGAGACCCUGACCUAACUGGAUUAAAUUAUGCCGUGUUUGGUCUGGGCAACAAGACUUAUGAGCAUUAUAAUGCAGUAGCUGUUUAUUUAGACAAAAGGUUGGAAGAAUUGGGCGGCACUAGAGUCCAUGAAGUGGGUUUGGGAGAUGAUGAUGCUAAUAUUGAAGAUGAUUUUAUCACUUGGAAAGACAAGUUCUGGCCAUCGGUUUGUGAAAUGUUCAACAUUGAGAGCACAGGCGAGGAGGAGCUGGUUCGCCAGUUCCGCCUGGUGACACAUGACCCCGAGAACCUCACUCCCAACAGUGUCUUUACUGGUGAAAUUGCUCGGUUACAUUCCCUUCAAGUGCAGAGGCCUCCUUAUGACGCAAAGAACCCAUUCUUGGCUCAAAUCAAGGUGAACAGGGAGUUGCACAAAGGUGGCGGCAGGUCAUGUCUACAUGUCGAACUGGACAUCUCUGACUCCAAAAUGCGAUAUGAAGCAGGUGACCAUGUGGCUGUAUAUCCCAUCAACGAUACAACUUUAGUUGACCAAUUAGGUAAAUUGACUGGUGCCAACCUUGACGAGAUAUUCUCUCUCAUCAACACUGACCAAGAAAGCAGCAAGAAGCAUCCCUUCCCGUGCCCCACCUCGUACAGGACUGCACUGUCUCAUUACAUUGAGGUUACAGCUCUGCCUAGGACUCACAUUCUGAGAGAGCUGGCUGAAUAUUGCUCUGAUGAAGAGGACAAGAAGAAGCUGUUGUUAAUGGCAACCAACUCUCAGGAGGGCAAGGAGUUGUACCAGUCAUUUGUGGUGGAUUCUUGCAGGAACAUCGUGCACAUCUUAGAGGACAUAAAGUCGUGUAAACCCCCGCUAGACCACCUCUGCGAGCUGCUGCCACGACUCCAGCCUCGAUACUACUCCAUUUCUUCUAGUCCUAAGCUACACCCUGAGACGGUGCACAUCACCGCCGUGGUGGUGGAGUACAAGACGCCGACGGGCCGCCUGAACAAGGGCGUGGCCACCACGUGGCUCGCCGAACACAAGCCUAAGGACGGCGAGUACCCGCGCGUGCCGGUCUUCAUCAGGAAGUCGCAGUUCAGGCUCCCAUUGCAAAGUCAGACUCCAAUCCUAAUGGUGGGCCCGGGCACGGGUCUCGCGCCCUUCCGCGGCUUCCUGCAGGAGAGGGCGCACGCGCGCGAGGGCGGCAAGGAGGUCGGCGACAACAUACUCUACUUUGGCUGCAGGCAUCGCGACCAGGACUACAUCUACCAAGAGGAGCUCGAACAGUGGGCCAAGAACGGUGAUGUGACGCUGAACCUGGCGUUCUCUCGCGACCAGGCGCAGAAGGUGUACGUCUCGCACCUGCUCGAGAAGAACAUGGAGCAGAUCUGGGACGUGAUCGGCAAGCGGAACGGACACUUCUACAUCUGCGGUGACGCAAAGAACAUGGCGGUGGACGUGCGCAACAUCAUCCUCAAGGCCAUCCAGGAGCACGGCGGCAAGACCGAGGCCGAAGCCGUGCAAUUCCUCAAGAAAUUGGAAUCCAUGAAAAAGUAUUCAGCGGAUGUAUGGAGUUAAAACCUUCAUAUAACACGUUAGGUAUAUUAAUUCAACUAUUAUCGAGUAUAGGCUAGUUUCAGAGUUAAAUCAGCACAUGGUGAGACUUCAAAACAACUAGCAAAUUUCCUGAAGUACUUUCCAGUCGUUCUAUGGUCUCGCGCAUUUCGAAAGUGGUUCAAGUUGCUUAUUAAUUUAUUGUUAUACAGAACCCUAUGCAGUUGUUAAGGAAAAUAUAAAUUACCUAUAUAAUUGCCCCACCUUGACUGGCAAAACGCAAGUCAUUAACGACAAAGGCGGAAACUUAAGUGUUUGUUUGUAGUAUUGUUUUCCGUUUACUUCACUGAUUUUUUUCUCAUUACUGCUCUGUUCCUAAUUUAGCUUAUUUACAGGAACCUAACAUGUGAUUAAGUUCGCAUGAAAUGUAUGAUUAUAUGACCUUGGCAAGCGGUCAUCAAGUUAGAAGUUUAAUGUGUUAGUACCCACAUUUAAAGUGAUGAUUUACUGCCGCGAAGCAUUAGGUAAUUUACAUAUUCGACAAAACUCGCCGCCCUUCACGCACACAUAUUCGUUAAAGAAACGUAGAGCAUUCCUCAUUAUACAAUGACGUCAAUGACUUAUUAUCACCAGACAUCAUGAAUUUAAAUUUCGUAGCAUUUUUUAUUGCAGCGUAGUUGAGUACGAGUUCAAGAAAUUGGUAGAAACAAAGAUUAUCGAUUCAGGUUCGUAUUAGUGCUUCUUCUUCUUUUUCCUCGCGUUAACCCGGUUUUGCCACGGCUUAUGGGCCUGGGGUCCGCUUGACAACUAAUCCCAAGAAUUGACGUAAGCACUAGUUGUUACGAAAGCGACUGCCAUCUGACCUUCCAACCCGGAGGGGAAACUAGGCCUUGUUGGGAUUAGUCCAUUAAGUCUUUUAAGUGCUAUUAAGUCUAAUUUCAAAUUGAAUUAAGCAUAUCAUCGAUAGAUUCUGUCUAAAUUUACGAUGUCUGCCUGUCACAGAAUAAUACAUUCGUGCAAAUAGGUAGUUAGAAUGAAUACGAGUACGGUUCUGGAUUACCGACAUACUUAUAGGUAAUGUUUGCGCCGACACGUUCUUUCAGUUAUAUUCGUUAUCAGGUAACUUAAAUACAAUUAAAUAAAUGUAAGAUAAUUAUAAAUUACUUUUGUUUUAGCUAAUAGAGAUUAGGUGCCUUCCUCGUACUACCUAUACUGUUUUAUAUCCUUAUUGCUAUAGAAACAGUGUGGGAAGUAAUUUUGAUUUGGUUUUCAUUUCUAGCCUAUAGUUACCCAUGUCGUCACGUAUAAAUUUCAUGUAUCCAGCAUUCGUAUAGUGUGAGACUUUGUAUAGCGACAUGGUAUUGCGUGAUCGUGCGCGUGCGCGGGCGACAACAAGUGGGUUAUAACAGUCACCUUAGGUUAUUUUAAAUACAUUGUUCUGUUGACCUUCGAUUACUAAGUAAUUGUACGUAGAUUUAUUUAUUCAUUUACCGAAGUUUAAUUACCUUAUUCGUUAUGUAUAUUUCAGAACAAAUAUUUAUAUGGUUGUGUUAAUUACUUUUCCUUUUGAAGUUAUUUACUAACAGUUUUGAUAGGAAUGAUCGGCUGUGAAUGGACAAAGUAAUUUUAUACUUACUUUAUUGAACAUUUCCAUGUCAUAUGAUUUAAAUCAGUUGUUUUUGUUAAAUUUUAUUUCAGUUUUUUUCCUAUAGGCAAAGUCAUACUAAGUAAUAACCUCGAUUGGAAUAGUAUUUAAUUGGUCUGCGUAUGAAAACAUAGUCAAUAUAUUGUUGAACAAGUUUGUAAUGUUUGUUAUUGUUGUAUUUGUACAAGUACCCAACAACUAAUAGAUUGUUGUCAUGUUUUUAUGUAAGUGGACUGGGAAUAGAUUUAAGUAUAUAAAAGUUUGUAUUUUUGUAUUUAUGAGACAUUAUUAUUAAAACAGUUUUAUAU